UUGAGAAUGCGCUGUCAAACCUUCAAUAUCUGUCUCUUGAAUGUCAACAUGGCGGAUCAGAGAGGGGACGGUUUUAUACAGUUUACCCUAGACUAUAUCACCAAGACUUGGUUAGGCCGGCUAAAAUGUGCAGAGGUGAUAUUUUCUCUUCUCGCUGGUGCGUGUGGAGCAGGCGUUUUAUCGUGGAUAGGUUGCAAUUGUAGUAGUAAAGUAAGUUUCUCCAACUUCAUCGCAUGGACUGCUUUCAUCAACGCGUUAAUCGACAUGAUUAUACAUCUUGCUGGUUUGUGGCAAAGGCUUGUUUGGUGGUUCCGCCAUCCUGCUUUGUACCUAAUCUUGUGUGGACUGGCUGUUGUGGGUUUUUUGAUCGGAGCGUCCCUCGCCGCUUCUUGUGCAACACAAACCUGUGUAAGCAAUCCUGGCACAGCGGGAGCAGCUGCUUUUUUCGGUUUCGCCUGCUUGGCUUUGUUCGCUGCGGAGUGCUGCAUACACUUUCAGAAGUACAGGAGUAUGCAGCAAGAAGCACAGCAUCAAUCUUCAAGCGGAGGCAAAGCUCCAGAUUUUGAAGAGCCACCACCACCUUACUCUGAGGCACCUGGAGUUAUUUGAGUGAUCGAGUGCUGUUUACGUGGACAUUUCCGCUAAGAUCAUUAUGCACAUUUGACAUUUAGCUUAGACAUUUAGUAAGAAAGAGCAAUGGAGAAGACAUAUCUUAGGACUCAAGAUAGACUUACAUAACUAACAUCAACUUGACAUCAAUUUUCAUCAAUCUAUGAACAGCUUCGCCAUUUUUGUAAACCUCGAGCUCCCUUUAGAUCUUACUUUAGCUGCUGGCGUGAUCGAUUUUUCCGGUAUUGCUUUAUUUCUAUUUCUCUUUUCUUGUUAUGGUGAGGAAAAUUUCUGUCUCGGAAACAAUCAAUCAAUGAUCUAUCCAUUCGUGCAGUGCUGUUAUGAAGAGUAUAAAUUCAAUAUAUAGUAGUGUUACAUGUAAUACCAAUUUUCACGACAAAUAAAUAAAAUGUAGAGAGUGUGAUUAAAUCUGCUCUCUUACAAAACUUUAAUUGGAA